CCCGCUCACAGGCGCUGAGGAAAACGUUGCGCAGGUUCAAAAAUGGAACGUCGGCGGCGUGAGGGAGCGCUAGGGGGUGUGCGCGCGUGCGCGUGCGCGCCGGACAGAGCCUGACGGGGUCCCCGCCGGCCCGAGCAUCGCGCGCAGCAGCCGCGGCCCCGCAGCUCCACCCCCGACCCGGCCCGGCCCCCGGCCCGUCGCCCGCCGCCCCGCAUGGAGCUGUCAGCCAUAGGCGAGCAGGUGUUUGCGGUGGAGAGCAUCCGGAAGAAGCGCGUACGGAAGGGCAAAGUCGAGUAUCUGGUGAAGUGGAAAGGAUGGCCCCCCAAGUACAGCACAUGGGAGCCAGAGGAGCACAUCCUGGACCCCCGCCUUGUCAUGGCCUACGAGGAGAAGGAGGAGAGAGACCGAGCAUCAGGCUAUAGGAAGAGAGGUCCGAAACCCAAGCGGCUUCUGCUGCAGCGGCUGUACAGCAUGGACCUGCGGAGCUCCCACAAAGCCAAGGGCAAGGAGGAGCUCUGCUUCUCUUUGAUGCGCCCACUCGGCAGCGGGAGCCCCGAGGGGGUGGUCAAGGCGGGGGCAGCUGAGCUGGUGGACAAGGGCCCCUUGGUGCCCACCCUGCCCUUCCCACUCUGCAAGCCGCGCAAGGCCCACAAGUAUCUGCGGCUCUCACGCAAGAAGUUCCCGCCACGCAGCGGGCCCCACCUGGAGAGUCACAGCCAUCCACGGGAGCUCUCCCUGCAGGAGUCACCAGCCCCAGAUGUCCUGCAGGCCGCCGGCGACUGGGAGCCUGUGGAGCAGCCCCCUGAGGAGGAGGCAGAAGCAGACCUGGCCAAUGGGCCCCCUCCCUGGACACCCACGCUCCCCUCAAGUGAAGUGACCGUGACUGACAUCACCGCCAACUCCGUCACCGUCACCUUCCGUGAGGCUCAGGCUGCCGAGGGCUUCUUCCGAGACCGCAGUGGGAAGCUGUGAACAGCUGCUUCCUGUCUUCUUAAACUGUGUUCCUUGGGGCUUGGGUGAGGAGUUCCAGAGACAGGAGGGGCUGGGAGCAGGGCAAAUUUAAAAAAAAAGAAGAAGAAGAAGAAGAAGCAGAAGCAUAGGGAAGAUCCCACCACUUUGCCCUUACCCCCUGAGGGUUGUUUACAGAGGGGCCUCCAGGACAGGGAGGGAAGGCCAGUGUUGUCUGGGUCUCAUCUCCAGGGCAGAUGGGGAUGGGCUCCCCUGCCCAGACAGAGGCAAAUCCUAGGAGUCGGAGGAGCCCAGGAGGUCCCGACCUUGCCUUGAGCAGCUGCCCUAGCUCUCUGGUGUUCCCUCCCUGUUCUUUGACUUGGGUCUUUACUGUGGACUUUCCACUCCAGCUUUGUGGUGGGACAUGGAGGCUGUCUUUGGCCACCAGGGACAGGAUCAGAAAAGAGGCUGCCAACCAAACCUCCUCUGAAUGUGCUGUCCCCCCAGUACUGGCCUGUGUAGGGAUGCCCAUGAACACAUCCAGCCACUCCAGCGUGCACACACUGCGUGAGUGUGUGUGUGUGUGUGUUCACACCUGCCCCAUGUCUAUAGACCUCCAUGUGAGCCUUGCACACCUUUAGAAACUGACAGGUGAACAUGGCGUGAUUUCUAGCACAAAUGAACUUGCCCCGGCACCUUCACUCCACCUUGCACAUCUGGCACGUGACUGACAGGAUCAGACAGCUUGGGCGAGCCUGAGCCUGUUGGCAUCCCUCUCAGCUACAGAUAGGACCAGGCUUUGUGCAAGGUGCAGAUGCUUCCAUCCAGGAUCGCAGACACUUGGCCCUUCCCUCCUUCACAGGAGUUCAUGUUCUUUCUGACUCAGGUGACUUUACAGCCCUUUUAGUACCACCCCUUCUCUGCCCUCUCCUGCAGCUCAGUUGACCUGGGCAUGCAUGGAUGCCGGUGGGUGUGGGCAGUCAAGAAGGGAGUGUCCCCCUACUUUCUCAGGGCAGCCCUUGUCUUCUGUGUUCCCUCCCCACCCAACCUGAAUGACACAGCUAACGAUGACCCCUCAUACAUUGUGGGGAUUGGACUGUGCUCUGGUGAGACAGCUGCACACAAGCCUGUGGUCCUGGUGAGGGGGCAGUUUGCUAGUUUGCACAGGUGCCCUAUAGGCUGAUAACCUUCCUACCUGAGGAGGGGCAACUCCCUUGCCAAGGUCACAUUGUUCUCUUACACCCUGCCACCUUAGGAACCCGCGUGGCUGAGUCCCAGCAGCCCCUAAGUCUUUUUAGGAGACAAGCAGAGUUUGCAUGAGCAAGGGAGGGGUGGCUCUCUCCUCGACUCUUCAUUCCCAAACCAAAGAGCCUGUACCCU